AUGUCCAAAACAUUCAACAUCCUCGUCCUCCCCGGCGACGGCAUCGGCCCCGAAAUCAUGACCGAAGCCAUCAAAGUUCUCAAAGCCUUCGAAACCCCAACUACCCAUUUCACCCUCCGCAACGAACUAAUUGGUGGCUGCAGCAUCGACGCGCACGGUAAAUCCAUCACCGACAGCGUCAAGGAAGCCGCACUGAACUCAGACGCCGUGCUCUUCGCAGCCGUCGGUGGCCCCAAAUGGGACCAUGUACGGAGGGGCCUUGAUGGUCCUGAGGGGGGACUGUUGCAGUUGCGGAAGGCGAUGGAUAUUUAUGCGAAUUUGAGGCCUUGUUCGGCGGAUUCGCCGAGUCGGUCUGUUGCGAGGGAGUUUACGCCGUUUCGGGAGGAGAUUAUCGAGGGGGUUGAUUUUGUGGUUGUUAGGGAGAAUUGUGGAGGGGCAUAUUUUGGGAGGAAGGUUGAGGAGAGUGAUUAUGCAAUGGACGAAUGGGGCUACUCCGAACACGAAAUCCAACGCAUCACCCGUCUAGCCGCUGAAGUAGCCCUCCGUCAUGACUCCCCGUGGCCAGUGAUCUCCCUCGACAAAGCCAACGUUCUAGCAUCAUCGCGACUCUGGCGCCGGGUGGUCGAGAAGACCAUGACGGAGGAGUACCCGAAUGUGAAACUAGUGCACCAGCUAGCAGAUUCGGCCUCGUUGAUCCUAGCGACGAACCCGCGUGUCUUGAACGGUGUUAUUCUGGCCGAUAACACAUUUGGCGACAUGAUUUCUGACCAGGCGGGCUCUAUCGUUGGGACACUGGGUGUAUUGCCUAGUGCCAGUUUGAAUGGAUUACCCGGCGAUAAACAAGUAGAAAAGUCGUACGGGCUGUAUGAACCGACGCACGGGUCGGCGCCGACAAUCGCCGGCAAAGAUAUCGCCAACCCCAUCGCCAUGAUCCUCUGCGUGGCUUUGAUGUUCCGUUACUCGCUGAACAUGGAGGCAGAGGCGCAGAGAAUUGAGAAUGCGGUUCGAACGGUGCUGGACUCUGGGAUCCGAACCGGGGAUCUGGGAGGAAAGGCUAGUACGAGUGAGGUUGGGGAUGCGAUUGUAGCUGCUUUGCAGUAG